GAGUAAUAGUGUAUGGAUGGCCGGUAUAUCAGAAAUUCACAGAUUCCAACUUUAUAACAAUCUAGCAAUUUGUUGGUCAACUCUAGCACAAAAUCUACAAACCGUCCAAUUUCCAAUUAGGGAGGCUAAAUUUCCGAGAAAUUGCCAGCAAAUUUAACUAAUCAAAAUACACAACACGUGCCAAUUUAUCUUCCAAUAAAUCAUUUUUUUUUUGUCUAAUUGGUCACUAAAAAUCAUACUCCGCAUAAAUUGCAACAAAGUACGAAUUUUUUUUCUUGAGAAAUUCGUGCUUAAUUUUGCUCUCUCAAUCUCAAUUAUAUAAUCCCAAGUGUAUAUUCUGCCAUCAACAAAGAUCCAUUCAGUAAUAAUGGGUGAGACAAAGAUGAGUGCAACAAGCCAAACUACUGAUAGGAAUCAGAAUUCUAUGCUGAUUGAUCCUGCAUUUCCUAAGUUUUUCACACAAGCCCCUCAAAGAAUGCAGAAUUUUUUUAAGUCACAUCUCAGACAAAAGGGGAAAGUAGAGGAGGGAAAGGGUGUAUUUGAACCGCAGCAGGUUCUCAGAAAGGAAGAGAAAUCGUCGACUGAUUGGGAGGCUGAUCUGCAGAAGCAGCUGCAACUUUGGCGAGCAAAUCCUCAUUGGGGUAGUCCACCACCUGAAAUAAAUGUUACUGUACCUGAAGGAUCACUUUGCAACCUGCAUGUGGAAUUCGAUGUCGGGUUGCCACCAGAUGCUGUGUACAACAUAGUCACUGACCCUGACAGCAAGAGAGUCUUUAGGAAUAUCAAGGAGGUUGUAUCUAGGAAAGUGUUGGUUGAUGAAGGCUCUAGACAAGUAGUCGAGGUGGAGCAAGCAGCUAUAUGGAAGUUCCUUUGGUUGUCGGGAACAAUAUCAGUCCAUGUCUUGGUAGAUCAAAAUAGGAAGGAUCACUCUAUGAGGUUCAAGCAGAUUAACACGGGAUUCAUGAAGAAGUUUGAAGGUUGCUGGAGAGUAGAACCGGUAUUUGUUGAUGAGAAAAUCUGCUCCCCCUUUAAACCCAAAACUUUGUCAGAGUAUCGCUCAUGUACAGGAGGGAAAGGAAGGAUUGGAUCGAGGGUUAGCCUAGAGCAACUUCUUCAACCAGCUAUUGUUCCUCCCCCUCCCAUUUCGUGGUAUCUUAGGGGAAUCACCUCAAAGACCUCAGAGACGCUGAUGAAUUAUUUGCUUGAAGAGGUUGCACGGGUUAAAGGCAUUUCUCCAACAGUAAGUUCAAAUUGUGAUGAGAAGCUAGUUCAAGAAAUCACUAAUGAAGUGAAGAUAGAUGAAGUACACGAUAUUAAGAAAAGAUGGGCCUUACGGAGAAGAAAUGCUAUGCUUUACAGAAAGAAGUAGGAGUAUGCUUCUUAGCACAAUAUUUAGAAACAAUCUUAUUUGUAUUGUUGAAAGUAGAUAAGAUACAUUAUUCAACAGCAUUGGAUUGGAUACUGUAGAUCAGCAGAAGAGCUUACCAUUUGAUACUGUGAAUCAGCGGAAGAGAUUAUAUACUCUUGAUUGACUUGGAGAGAUGCAAAGUUAAGUUUAACUAAGAAUUUAGAUGAGCCAAGAUCUGUGAUUUAAUUUCAUUUCCUGUAUAUAGAUUUGGCAGUAGUUUCCGAUGUGUAAUAUACACUUCUGAGUUGCCAGAAUAUGAUUGUAUAGUUUAGCAGCAUCCUCUAAGCUUCGUUUGGGCAACAUAUAUAACAGAUGAUUUCCCAAGAAUUUCAAAAGCCAAUAUAUUACCUUGUUGAGUUA